GAUUGGCAGGGAGCCCCGCCCCCGCUCUGCCCUCCCCCCUGUAAAGUGUGCCUCGGCUAGCGCGCUGCUCAAGCCACCAGAGCUUCGCUGUCACUGCUGCCAUGGCUUCGCGACCCGUCACCCUCGGCAUCGACUUGGGCACCACGUCCGUGAAGGCCGCCCUGUUGGAGGCUGCACCCGGCCACCCAUCCGGCUUCGUGGUGCUGGCGAGCUGCGCCCGCGCAUCCCGGGCAGAGACCCAGAGCGCGGCGGCCGGGCCCCAGAGGCGGGAGCAGGAUGUGACUAGAAUCAUCCAAGCCCUAAAUGAGUGCCUCGAUGCCCUCCCCCGGCAGCAGCUGCAGAGAGUCGGAGCCAUCGGAGUGUCAGGACAGAUGCAUGGCAUCCUGUUUUGGAAAGCAGGUCAAGGCUGUGAAUGGACACAGGGAGAGCCCGCCCGUGUAUUUGAGCCCAGAGCCGUGAGCCACUUGGUCACAUGGCAGGAUGGCCGUUGUAACAGUGGUUUCCUGGGUUCUCUGCCCAAGCCAGCAUCCCAUCUCAGUGUGGCCACUGGAUUUGGCUGUGCAACCAUCUUCUGGCUUUUGAAAAACAGCCCAGAGUUCCUGAAGUCCUACGAUGCAGCUGGCACCAUCCAAGACUAUGUGGUUGCCAUGUUGUGUGGCUUGCCAAAACCCCUGAUGUCUGACCAGAAUGCUGCUAGCUGGGGCUAUUUUAACACCCAGAGCCAAAGCUGGAACUUGGAGAUACUGGAAGCAGCAGGCUUUCCUGUCCACCUGCUCCCCGACAUUGCAGAGCCAGGCAGCAUGGCAGGCAGAACCUCUCACACGUGGUUUGAAAUCCCAGAGGGCACACAGGUGGGUGUAGCCCUGGGUGAUUUACAAGCCUCUGUCUAUUCCUGCAUGGGCCAAAGGACUGAUGCAGUUCUCAACAUCAGCACCUCCGUCCAGCUGGCGGCCUCCAUGCCUGUGGGAUUCCAGCCACUGCAGACUCCAGAUCCGGCAGCCCCAGUCGCCUUCUUCCCUUACUUCAACAGGACCUACCUAGGGGUGGCAGCAUCACUCAACGGAGGCAAUGUGCUGGCCACGUUUGUCCACAUGCUUGUUCAGUGGAUGGCGGAUCUAGGCCUGGAGGUUGAAGAAUCCACUGUCUAUUCACGCAUGAUCCAGGCGGCUGCACAGCAGAAAGAUACACACCUUACCAUCACCCCAACAGUACUGGGUGAGAGGCACCUGCCAGACCAGCUAGCCUCUGUGACGAGAAUCUCCUCCUCUGACCUUUCCCUGGGUCAUGUGACCCGGGCCCUGUGCAGAGGCAUUGUUCAGAACCUGCACUCCAUGCUUCCUUUUCAACAGCUCAAAGAGUGGGGUGUGGAACGGGUGAUGGGGAGUGGGACUGCGCUGUCCAGGAAUGAGGUGCUGAAGCAGGAGGUCCAGAGGGCCUUCCCUUUGCCGGUGUGCUUUGGACAGGAUGUGGAUGCAGCCUUUGGAGCAGCUCUGGUCAUGCUCCGGAGAGACCUCAGCCAGAAGGAGCCUUAGUUCAUGCAAGCUCAUUGGCUAAAGGAAUUCUGGGAAUUCUAUCUAAUUGACAUUGCCAACAUGAUCAAUGGGUUGUCCUUUUCCUGGAUGGCUCUGUGGGUAGAUUGUAAAUUGUACUGAUCAUGAGGUACUAUCUAAAUUGGCCAAGGUCUUACCUUCAGGGAAUGUGAUAAUCAUGCAGCCAGGAGUCACUCAUCAGAUCCCAAACUAGUGCCUUCCAAGAGCAGGAUCUUCUGGAACUGAUUGCAAAUGCAGAUGUGAGAGGUGGAGAGAAUGGGAGGGAGAGAGGGAGAAGAAGAAAGAGAAAAACAGUUUGCUGAUCACUAACCAGGCUCAUCUGUGAUUCAUCUGUAGACAGAAAGAAAACUUCAGAGCUAACAGUCUGGUAGCCAUGGCUCCAACUAAGUAAGGAAAACCCGCUUUAUGCCCAGUUUUUGGACUGGUCUCUGUAAGAGGUCCAGCUUUGAGUCAAAUGCAUUAUUGGAAAAAUCCUUACUACGGGAUUGUACCAGGUGGAGGGAGGCCCCCUUCCCAGUCUUGUGGUCCCUUAGCUAUAGCAUGUUCUCUGGGUAGAGAGAGACCUGAGGACACUGAAGCAGGAUGGCUUGGAGGAAGCUGGGGUCUGUGUGCUCUCCUUGCCAUGCACAUUUGUUUCUGGGAAAGUCCUGCACCAGGGCUACCCUGAGUCCUCUCAGCACAGCUGGCUUGAAGAUACAUUCCAGAGAAGGAAAGGUGGGUGGCAUGAACAGCAAAAGGGACCACAGCAUUGUGGCAAACACAGUUCUGACAGACUGUUAAAGAUGGCUGCAAGGCACUGGGCCUUUUCCAUGACUAUGUACAGCCUUAUGUCCCCUCACUCCUGCCACAAGCGGUAGUCAGUUUCAUGAGAGAAUGCCUUAUCCUCCAGGUCCCACCUUUCUCUGUGGUGAGGGCCUUGCUGGCCUUUGAUGGCGCUGGCCCUGUUUAUGUGGGUAUGCAUGUAGGGCCAGAGCCAGCAGUCUUCCCAUGUUACAUUACCUUCCAGGAGACGGCCACCAUCACUGUGCCUACUCCUAGACUCCUAAAGGACCCAAGGCUCAGGGAUACUUGUAACUUUGGGGAGCAGUCAUGUCUCUUUGUGUGAGUUAUUUUGCAACCUCUAUGAUUGUGGGAACCCAUUUGAUGAACUUGGCUCCCACUGCUGGCUACAGUUCAGAUAACAGAAUAAAAUUCAUUUUUUCCAGAGUCUUGUCCCUUUGAUAAACACAUGGCCAUCUGUUUUGGGAAGAUUAUAUAUUACUGCAUAGCUGUAAAACUAUCAUGACUGCAAGGACCCUCAUAGGUAGAUAUGGUGGUGCAUACUUUUAAUUCCAGCACUUAAGGAGCAGAAGCAGGUACGCCUCUGUGAGUUCUACGUCAGCAUAGUGAGCUCCAGGACAGCCAGAGCUACAUGGAGAGACACUUUCUCAAAAAGAAAGAGCUUGCCCCGUGUUCACCAGGGCUUAUCAUAGAUAAGCCAGAUGAGUUGGGACAGUCAUGUUGCAGUCCUUGGGGCUGAGAGGGAGGAGGAAAGACAGAGGGCUCCUUGAUGCCCUGUCAGUUGAAGAAGCAGUGUUCUAGGAUCUCUUCCUCAAGGUGCAGCUGACCUAGCACGUUCAGAGAGCUGUGGAUAAUGUGUAAAUAAAGAUUAAGAUCUUGGGCUGGUGAGAUGGCUCAGUGGGUAAAUAGACUGGUCGCCAAGCCCAGUGACUUGAGUCGUAUCCCUAGGCUCUCACUGUCCUCUGACCUCCACACCUGUGUAGCAGCACAUGAUGUCCUGUCCCAAAUAAAUAAGUGUAAUAAA